CACAGAGCGGGACGUUCUGAAUUUAGACCCGGAAGUCAGUCUCCUCUGCGCUAUCACAACUCUUGUUGUUUAUUGACAAUAAAAAGUAGAAAUGCGUUGGUUAUGAAGCGAAGCGUCGUGUUGUUUAAGUAGAUUUGAGCUCAGGUCAAUUCUUUCCUGGAUAUGCUGAAGUCUAGUUGGCUCUAACUUCUGUGAGAGAUGGAGGAGCUCUACACUCUGGAGAGGGAGGUAGGACGAGGCAGCUAUGGAGUGGUGUUUGAGGGCCAUAUGGCCAAAACAGGAGAGAAGGUGGCCAUCAAGCGGCUGCCCUGCAGCAGCCCAGAGUGCAUUGAACUCUACCUGCAAGAGCUGUGGGCCAUGAGAGCCACCGCUAAGAACCAUGUCAAUGUCAUUGCACUCCACAGCUGUCUUCUGCAGACAGGGUCAAGGAGCCUGAAGAAACUAAAACCGGGCAAACUGCCUGUACGUCUGGUUGAGAGUGUGCUGAAGGGCAGUGUAGUCGGUGCACCUCAAAGUCAGGAAAGGAAUACUUCCCAGCCUAACACCCAAAGGAGGACUAAUGCUGUUUCUAGACUUGAAGACCGGACUAACACUGUCCAGACGAGGACUAAUUCUAAUGAGAAGACUAGAUCAAAUGCAUCUGAUUCUGCAACUCCCCAGAGGCCACAAAACAGAGGCAGAAAGAGACCAGCUCAGAGUGAGGAAGAGCAGCCGGGGCCCCUGAGGUGCUUGGCCUUGUGGCUCGUGAUGGAGUACUGUGACGGGGGUGAUUUGAAUCAGUACCUGCUCACUAGGCCCCCGGACGCCCAGCGUAAUCACAGCGUGGUGAAACAGCUCUGCAGGGCCGUGGUCUUCCUGCAUACCCUGGGCAUCACCCACAGAGACCUGAAGCCUGACAAUGUGCUGGUCUGUGUGACACCUGAAGGCCCCGUUGUCAAGGUGGCGGACUUUGGUCUGAGCAAGAUGAGUGAAGGUCUGGUGGAAGGUGAUCUCACCAGGCAGCACUUCUCCUCCACCUGUGGCUCCGACUUCUACAUGGCUCCAGAGGUGUGGGGUGGACUGACCUACACCGCCCAGGCAGACAUCUUCUCCCUGGGGGUGAUGUUGUGGGCUGUGCUGGAGAGGAUCACCUUUGUGGAAGAAGGGACAAGUCAAGAACAACUGGGGGCCUAUGUGUGUAAGGGUCGCUCGGGCUGGUUGAUGCCGCUGGGGGAAGCUUUGUGUGAGAAUGCUGACCUCCAGCUGUGUAUCCCCACGAAGUUUAAAAGAGCCCCCCCACUGCCACCCCCUCCUGGUCCAGCUGUGUGCACUCUGCUUUUAGAGAUGCUUGCUGUAAACCCGGAUGCCCGGCCCCCGGCAGACCAGCUGGAGGCCCGAGUGCGCUCUGCUCUGAAAAAGGACUCCCACUGACAGAAAGAGCGCUUAAGAGACUGUAAUGGCAUCGAGUGAUGUAGCCACUACAUAAAAAUAUUGACUCUGGGACCCCCUGGCCUCAGUGCUUCCAACAUGUGUAGGGAAUUACCACGAUGUGCUGCAGUCAAGUGGGGAUUACAGAUAUGAAUGAUUUUAUGGAUUGGCUAUCGUUUGACGUAGAAACAGGAGCCGGAUCCAAUAAGUGAGUUUAAAAACAACAGAAAGGGAAAUAAUGAAUGAAUGAUAUACACUGGAAAUCAGAUGAGUCUAUAAAGUGAUCUAGUGGGACUUACUCCAGCUGUAUGCUGUUACUCGGGUCUUGCAUGCUUGACAUAGAAAAUCCAUUUCAAUGGAUAUAUGGCUGAAAUGAAAUGAAAGGGACUACAGCUGCUGCUUCUUGUCUGAGUCUGCAGCGCCGUAAUGAUUCUGUUUGAUCUAAUUAACCCGUUAUGUAGAUGUUGAGCUUCUACUGACUCAAAAGUGAAUUUUAUGUUCAUUUUUAUUUUCUUCUUUCUUUAAAGGUUUUUUUUGGGGCUUUUUAUGUCUUUAUUUUAGAGAUAGGGCCGUUAAUAGAGUCAGGAAUCUAGGAGAGAGAGAGAGAGAGAGUGGGGAAUGACAUGCUGGAAAGGAGCCACAGGUCGGAUUCAAACCCAGACAGACCGCUUGGAUUACAGCCUAUGUACAUGGGGCUCACACUAAACACUAGGUUAGUGUGAGCGGCCGAAACGUGCUGAGAGAGUUGGGAAUGACAUGCGGGAAAGGAGCCACAGGCUGGAUUCGAACCCGGGCCACCCGCUUGAAGGACUACAGCCUCCAUACAUGGGACACGCGCACUAACCACUUCGCCACCAGCACCCCGAAACGUGCUGAUUCUUAACCAAAAUUUCCACCAGUCUUAUAUGAACAACAUAAAAAGCAACUCGCCUCAAUCUAAUGCAGUCUAACUCCACCACAGAGAACAGUCAAGAUGUAUAAUAUGAGUCAGCAUGUCGUACAUACAGCAGUGUUUGUUGCAAGGUUUCUAUAUAAAUGUGUAGUGACACAAAACUAGGUUUUUAUAAGCAUGCUAAUUAUUAGCAUACUGGCUGCUUAUUCGUCAUUAUUAAGCGCUUAGUAGUACAUUCUACAUGACCAGAGUCUAUAGCUAAGAGGUCAGUUUGUCCUCAACACCUCCUGACUAAUACUUAUUGACAGUAAGGUAGGAAGUUGUUGAACAUGAAUUAUGAUCUUAAUAUACUUUGUUUAGUGGGGACCUUAUAAGGUGAAAAGCAGCCGGUAUGCUACUAAUUAGCAUGCUAAUAAGCAGCUAGUUAGAGGUGAAUAUUCUGACCUUAAUUUAAAGUGUUACUAUAAUUUGUUUAUGCAGACAUUUUUGGGGGGGAUAAUGAUACAAACCAAAUGUUCUCGUCACAUACAUUUGAAUAUGAUUUUAAUGUCUUUUUCUUUUUCAAGGUUUAGUGGUUUAUAAUUUCAUGGAUUUUCUUCAUGGUCACAGCGCAGUGCUGGGUAACAUGUUACAAUGUUUUACUGGAUUAUAAAAGUUGUGUCAAACUAC